AUGAUGGCAUUAACCUGCCUUUUUCUUGCCGGAAAAGUAGAAGAAACGCCUAAAAAGUGCCGAGAUUUGGUUCAAAUGGCUAACGACAAAUAUCCAAUACAAUUUGCUGGAAUAAAUUUAAUUGACGAGCUAAUUCUGCUUGAACGCAUUUUGCUGCAAUCAAUUCGUUUUGAUCUUCAUGUUGAACACCCGUAUAACUUUCUGGUGGAAUAUGCAAAGGAAUUUAAACUUGAUAAGGAUUAUAUGAGCAAAAUUGUGACAAAUGCCUGGACUUUUAUUAAUGAUUCAUUAGCAACCAGUCUUUGUUUAUUAUACGAACCGGAAGUUAUUGCUGUUGCUGUUCUUUAUAUGUCGUUUAAAAUGGAAAAAAUGGCCUCUCAUUUGUCUUCAGAGGGAGAGGAGGCAAAAAUGAAGGAAGAUACUGAAUGGUGGAAUAUUUAUGUGCAAAAUUUGGCAGUUAAAACGAUGGAGGAUAUUUGUCAUAAGGUGUUGGACUGUGUGGAGGAUGCAGGUGUAGAAGACAUUGACGAAACGAGUAAUUUAGCUUAUAAUUAAAAUUGUUAUUUAAUUCGUUAAAUUUGUUUAUUUUAAAUUGGCAAAGGAAAACAUUUAGCUGAGGAAUUAGGUCAUAAUUUUGAUGGAGUGGAUUUGACAGGGCGUGAACAACUUUGCAAUCAAUGAUUAAGUAUUUUUGUAGGUUGAAAAGAAGGGAUUUUAGUUUUGGUUCAAGUAAUUUAGGAAAAUGGAAGAGACCCAGCUUAGUUA